AUGUCUAGAAGCGAGCUGACGUUUUUUGGCUUUGGGGUUGGUUUGUGGGCUGCGGCGGUGGUUGGGCUGGCAAGCGUGGUGGGCUGUGGUUUGCUGGGUGGGAUUCGGUGCCGGCCCGCAAUGGCUAUCAGUUUGCAAAUGCAGCCAGAAGGGAUUUCACAAGCCGCCUGGGUGGUGUGUGCUCAAUGCUCCAAUUUUUCCUGCGUCCAAGCUAUGUCUUCUGUAUCUAGUCCCAACAAGUCUUCUCGCAGAACGUAUUCGAGUCUAUCCUGCGUGAGUAAACGUCCUGAUUCCCCCGUUUUCGAUUCGGUUGGUGUUGAACCUCUGAAAGUGAUCAAGAGGCCUACUAUCGGAGUAGCAUAUAGUAAUCAACAUCUUUUCAACCAUCGUGGUUCCGGCGCUACGCUUGAUGAUGCCUCCUCUCUGGCUGAUCAAAGUUCUUCCGCCGUUUCUCCAGUCAAAUUGACUUCUUCAAAAUCCUCUCUCACAGGAACCAGUGCGUCUCAGUCUGAUCUAGUUGGAAUUAAUUACAAACUAACCACUCUUACCAUUAAUCAGCGGGAAAGUAUCUAUGUGAGAGCAUUAUUCCGCUAUGAUCCGACGACAGACCGUGGUCUCGCUGCUCGUGGUCUCGCCUUUGAGCACGGGGACAUUCUCUACGUUGUGAAUGCCAGUGACCAGGAAUGGUGGCAGGCGUGCUAUGCUUUUCCCAUCUCCCCGCCCGCCUGGGCCUCAGCCUGCACCUCAACUACUGCCAUCAGUAGCAACAGUAUCACGCCCCCAGAAGUCCCUUCAUCCUACAACGCAAAUAUUCCCGAUCAGCAACCGCCAACUCGGUCGUGUCGACCAGCCAUAAUUCCCAGCCAACGUCGCGUUGAGCGGCGCAGUAGGCUUUCCGCCAAGCGUGUAAAAUUUGUGGACAAAGAGGUUGACAUUGGUGAGGGGAGCCCUAAUCCCUGGAGCCCGAGCGGAGGCGACACUUCUAACCUCUCCCACGCCUUGGAGAGUCAUCGAUUCUUUGGCGGAUCUGGCGGAUGCGGUGUUGAAGGCAGCUCUGCAUCCCUCUCAGCCGUCGCCAGCGGUGGGGGCGGUAGUUUUCCAAGUGGGGACUCUGUGUCUGUUGGUGGGACUUUGGAACGACGAAAGAAGCCCAAUUCUUUCUCCAUUUUUAAGCGUUUUUCCAGUAAACGCGAUAGGAAGGACUUCGAUGGCGGUACCAUAAUGAAGAAGAAGAGCGUCUCCCUCGAAGAUAUGCAAACUGGUUCCUUCGGUCCGCGACUGUCGCGCACCUAUGAGAUCGUCCACUCUGUAACAUUAAAAAUGGCUCGUCCCUUGAUUAUUUUUGGGCCUCUUAAGGAGAGGAUAACUGAGGAGCUCCUCCGUUCUGAUGAAUUUGCUACCUGCAUACAACAUACGUCGAGGCCACCACAGGCUGGUGAAGUGGACGGGGUCGACUACCACUUCUAUCCUUCUAAAGCGGCCAUGCAGGCAGACAUCUCGUCGGGCAAGUUCUUAGAUGUGAUAGUCCAGAGCGACCACUUCUACGCCACCUCUGUGCAAUCCAUCCUGGAGGUGCUUCAGAGUGGGCGCAUAUGCAUCCUUGAUGUCAACAUUGUGGCCAUCUAUCGGUUACAGAGUGCUGGACUUCAUCCUAUGUCAAUUCUGCUGAAGCCGGAAACAGUGAUGCAGUGUCGGAGCCUUCAGCGACGCCUCACCGUCGAUCAGGCACGUAGGAUGCACGAAGCCUGCACCCGAAUGGAGUCCGAGUACUGGUACCUGUUCACUGGUCCUUGUGUCUGGUUACCUGCUGAUCAGACCCUACGUAGCGUGGAAAAGCAGACUCCUACUCUCAUUUGA